CACACUAUUCACACUUACUCAUUGAAAUUGUUGAAACAUUUUUCACACCGAACACAAAUUGGGAUUUUAUUAAAAAAAUACUCCAAAGUCCACGACACCCACACCACUCGCAGGAUGAAUCGCAUUUUCGCCAAACGGGCUGCCCAGCCUCUCAGUCGCUGCAUUAUUCCAUCGGCGAGUCGCCUCUUCAGCGCAGGAUGUGCUAAUGACGAGUACGCCAUGCAGGAUCACAAGUACGAUGCGAUUGUGAUCGGAGCCGGGGGAGCGGGAUUACGGGCAGCGUUAGGGCUGGGGGAGAAGGGAUUCAAAACGGCGAUUAUAUCGAAGCUAUUUCCCACACGGUCCCACACAGUGGCGGCCCAGGGCGGCGUGAAUGCCGCCCUCUCCAAUAUGGACAAGGACGACUGGAAGUUCCACUUCUACGACACGGUCAAGGGCAGUGACUGGCUGGGCGACCAGAACGCCAUCCACUACAUGUGCAAGGAGGCGCCGAAGGCCAUCUACGAGCUGGACGCCUACGGCGUUCCUUUCUCCCGAAAGGAAGAUGGCAAGAUCUACCAGCGGCCUUUCGGGGGACAGACUCUGGGCUAUGGAAAGGGCGGAGUAGCCCGCAGGGCCUGCGCCGUCGCCGAUCGCACGGGUCACUCGCUCAUUCACACCAUGUACGGCCAGACUCUAAAGUACACCGAUGUCUGCCACUACUAUAUCGACUACUUCGUCCUGGACCUGAUCAUGGAGUAUGGCUGCUGUGUGGGCUGUGUGGCCUGGAAACUGGAUGACGGAACCUUUCAUCGCUUCCUGGCCAAGAACACUGUGGUGGCCGCCGGUGGCUGUGGCCGCGUCUACUUCUCCACCACCGCCGGACACACGUGUACGGGCGACGGGAAUGCCUGGGUGUCGCGCCAGGACCUCCCACUCAUGGACAUGGAGUUUGUUCAGUUCCAUCCUACUGGCAUAUACGGAGCCGGUUGCCUCAUCACCGAGGGUGUUCGCGGUGAGGGCGGGUUCUUCCUCAACUGCAAGGGCGAACGCUUUAUGGAGCGCUAUGCUCCCAAGGCCAAGGAUCUGGCCUCCAGGGAUGUGGUGGCCCGAGCCAUGACGAUGGAAGUUCUAGCGGGAAACGGGUGUGGUCCUCUCAAGGAUCAUGUUCACUUGCAGCUGCAUCACAUCGAUCCGCAGAUCAUCAGGACGAGGCUACCGGGUAUUAUGGUCACAGCAAAGAUUUUUGCCAAGGUGGACGUGAUGAAGGAACCGGUGCCGGUGCUGCCCACCGUGCACUACAAUAUGGGCGGCGUACCCACCGACUACAGGGGUCGCGUGCUCACCAUCGACGAAGACGGCAAGGAUGUGGUCGUCAAGGGCCUCUACUCCUGCGGUGAGACGUCCUGUGCCUCGGUGCAUGGAGCUAACCGAUUGGGGGCCAACUCGCUGCUCGACUUAAUCAUCUUCGGACGCGUCUGCGCCGAGGAUAUUGCCAAGUGCAGCAAGCCAGGGGACAGGGCGCCGAGUCCGGCGGAUAAUUUUACAGCCCGAACAAUGGAUAACUUCAAAAAGCUGCGUUGUGCCGACGGCAGCAUACCCACCGCUGAACUACGAGAUGAGCUGCAGAGGGCGAUGACCAGACACGCUGCCGUAUUUCGGGAAGGGAAACUCCUCAAAGAGGGUCUUUUAAAAAUCGCCGAACUGUGCGAAAAGUUCAAGUGCAUCAAGGUUCACGAUCGUACCCUGGUCUGGAACUCGAAUCUCAUCGAAACACUGGAGCUGCAGAACAUGCUGGUGAAUUCGGUACACAUCAUUUCGGCCAUGGAGAAUCGCGAGGAGUCGCGGGGGUCACACGCGCGUGAGGACUUCAAGACGCGCAUCGACGAGCUGGACUACUCGCUUCCGUUGGCCGGCCAGCGGAAGAAAGCGAUGGACGACCAUUGGCGGAAGCACACUCUGACCUUUUCCGAGGCCGGCAAGGGCUGUGCCACAAUCAAGUACCGACCAGUUAUAGACACGACACUAGAUGACUCUUUGGCUUCCAUUCCUCCGGCUCCGCGCACCUACUGAUUCUUUGGAGGUUGAGGCUAACGAAAAUAUUCAAUUGGGUUGAAAAAUAAAGACUACAGAAACACAUUUAACAA